AUGGUGGCACAGGCGCAGUAUCGGAAGCUGUCGGUCCGCUACCAUCCCGACAAGUGCCACGAGGAUGCCAGCUAUCUGGGAGACGGGGAGGAGGGGGCCAAGGAGCGCUUCGCCCGUAUUGCCGAGGCCUACGAAGCACUCAAGGAGACGGACGGUCAGCUGGCCUUUCCCUGGGACCAGUACCCCGAGCGCCAGCAGCUCAUGCCAGGCAGUGAGCUCAUCCAGACCUUGGGCUUCCUUGGGUUUGAGGCAGCUCAGACCGACCCGAUCAAGGCCCAGUUCAUGCAGCAGGUGGUCAAGGAGGCUACAAAUUGCCGGGUCCUCCUCUUUGAGAAGGAGACCAAGGAGGCAGAGCGGUCUGUGCAGGAGACCUGGGCGGACGCACUUUGUGUGGAUGAGCAGAGUGGCGCCAAUCACUUAGUGAAGGUCUACCGCCGCAUCGUGACUGUUGCGGAAUCUGUCCUGACAGCCGCCAAGGCAGACAUGGAGGAAGUUGACGAUUAG